AGCAGUUGGAGGUUGGCUGGUGUGGUUGUGUGUGAGGAGUAGGAGCUAGAGGCGCGAGUCGGAUGCGUAUCCUGUAUGUGUAUCGUCAGCCAGCUGGUGGCAGUGCCUGACGACUGCAUUCCUGUGCAGCGCUGCUUCUCGUAGGGACGCUCUGAAGAUCCCAUUAUCUCAAGCGCCUGCUGGAGCGCAGGGAACACCUGAGGAGAACUGACUCUACUUCCCAUCGGCUCCUAAGUGUCAGAGGACUGAGGUAUUGAGAACACUUCUGAGAGCGAGGGGAACUUUGCCAGCUUCACCCACGGGUGGGAGCAGUGGGUUGCCAUGGCAGAAGUUGGAGUUCAGGAGACAACCGUGCCUUGCAAAAGUUUGACAGGUGGGGACUCCUUGUUGCCCUGUAAAGAUAGUGAUGGGUGGGGGCACAAAAUAAAGGAGGAGAAAGAAGAGUGUCUGAAGACGGAUGCUUCGACCCUCUCCUGCCCAGAGGAAGAGGACCACAACAAAGUGGCCGGUUACCAGAGGCCAGGGCAGUUUGUUAAAUGUAAACAGGAAGAUGAAUGGAAGCAGUUGGGCAAGAAACGGCACAGGAGACGACCUUCAAAAAACAAGAGGCGAUGGAAGCCUUACAAUAAGCUGACCUGGGAGGAGAAGAAGCUACUGGAGGAGAAGGAGUCUCAAAGAGCCUCCAGAAUGAGAGCAGAAAUGUUUGCCAAGGGGCAGCCUGUGGCUCCGUACAACACCACCCAGUUCCUAAUGGAGGACCAUGUGCAAGAGGAGCCAGACCUUUGUCCCCCACAACGUAGGGCAUUUGUCGCUCUUCCUCUUUGCAACGCCAACUCUUUCACAAAAGGUGACAGCACAGAGGAAGACUUGGAAGAAGAAGAAGACGGGACAGGCAGCGAUGGGAUGGACAGCAACGAUGGGACUGAGUUUCUACAGAGGGACUUCUCUGAGACCUAUGAACGGUACCAUGCGGAAAGCCUGCAGGACAUGAGUAAGCAGGACUUGAUUCGCGAGUACUUAGAGCUGGAAAAGUGCCUCAGUCGGAUGGAAGAGGAAAACAAUCGUUUACGACUCCAGGGAAUGGUCGGCACGCAGGUCGGUGGGCCGCAGGACUCCAGGAUCAGUGAACUGGAGAAAGAGUUGGAGAAACUGAAGGAGGAGAAUGAGAGGCUACUUCGAGAGAAGGAGUUGGUUGCAGCCAACCCAAGCGAACAUUGACCCUCAACUGCCUACCUUUUUGCCAUUGCACCUACCGUUUGUUUAUGUGUAAGGAUGAAAAUUUUCAAUGUUGACUUUUUUUCCCCCCUUUGUUGUAUCCUUGGAUUAUCCAGUCGGUCGCAAAACCGUCUGAACAAGUUGCCAGAUGUGCUGAUAAAUUCACCUUUAACCCAUUGCAGAGAUCCACGUCCUUAAAGAUCUCCAUUUUUAAGUUCCAGAACAACUGAAAUAAUGGACAACUACAAACAUCAAACGGCGGUCGACCUUUAUUCUGUUAAAAAAAACAAAACCGUUUCUAUAAAGCCCUGACUACGCAGAUUGGGACUUAUCAAAACCAUGCGGUCCAGAGACGCUUUUUUGUGUUUUAUUGUGGUUUUGUAUUUUUAUUUUGUUACUCAUUUCCCAUGUUCUUAAAUACGUUCGAUUUUUCCCUUCUGAUUUAAUUAAUGCAUUUUUUCCCCUUUUCAGUCCUGUAAUAUUUUUUUUUAAAAAAAAAUAAAAUAUUUUCAAUUGGAAAGA